AAUAUAGUGGUUGUGUUGAAAAUGCGAGAAGUGGAUGGCACAUUAGCCAGUCUUCCGUCAAGAAACAGACUCUGCACAAACGCAAAUUGUUAUUGCAGACACCUUCGUAUCUCUCGAUUCUCAAAUUCUGAUUCUCACUUUCCAACACACAGACACAGAACUCACAGGAUCCUUUAUCUUUAGGGUUUUUGACGCUCCUUCUUCUCGAUGCUCUCUUAUCGUCGCGCACCGUAGCUCAAGGUGUUAGUGCUAAUGGAGUUUGAGAUGGCAUAAGUUGGAACCCACCUUUUGAGUAAUUCCUUAAGGUGUUAACGGCUACAUGGCUCGGAAGGGUACUCAGCAGAAGAAUGGAGUGGACCGUCAUGGAUUGAAUAACAAAAAAGGGGUUUCUGGUGGCGUGCUUCCGGGAAUGAAAGGCCAUGGUAAAGGAGGGCCGGUGAAGGUUUUCCCGAGGGAGGGACUUGCAGAAACUGAUAGUAUCGGUGUUUCGCAGACUGCAUGUGAUGGUAGAUCUUCAGGUGAUGACUAUAACAAUGAGCAGAGGUCUGAAAAGAUUUCUGGGAAAGAGAAGCAAGGGAUGGCUGGGAAGCAUGACCUGGAGGAGUCCUCAUCCUUUGAGAGUAAUUCGGGAGAUGGCAGUCUGAAUUCUGAAGCUGAAGCUUCAAUACAAGAAGAAAAUGGGACUUUACCUAGAAGUAAUCAAGGUCAACAGAGUAUAAAGAGUAGAUUGAGCUGUAUACUGGAUAGUUUGCUCCUGAAAAGUGUGGUGGAAAAAGUAGAGCUUGCCGAUAAUGUGAUAAUUAGGAGAUUAAGGUUGUCAGUGUUUUCCAUCUUUACAGCAGCUUCAGAGUGGUUAAAUAGGCAUACUCCAUUGUUUGUAUCUCUUAGAACCAUCAUGUUUGAAACCUGCAAUACUGUCAGAACGAAGGUCGUGCAGGCAUAUCCUGUAGUUCUGAAGUGGCUCAUGCAUCUUGGAAACAUAAUGCUCCUAUUAUUGGUGUUUUGGUUGGACUGUGCCCUUCGAGGUGUUGAUUCUUUUGUGCGUAUGGGUACAACAUCCUUCUUCUCUGUUAUAUGGUGUAGCAUAUUCUCGGUGAUUAGUAUGAUAGGGAUGCUCAAGUUUCUUGCUGUCCUGGGCCUGGCUGCCUUGAUUGGAUUUUUUCUUGGGCUUAUGCUUGCAAUUUUGGUAGUUGCAAUCAUUGGAGUUGUUACCUUGUGGUUUUAUGGUAGCUUUUGGACAACAGCAUUUUUCAUCAUUCUUGGAGGAUUGGCAUUUAUGUUAAGACAUGAACGGGUGGCACUGCUUAUUACCACAGUGUAUUCUGUCUAUUGUGCAUGGCUGUAUGUUGGGUGGCUUGGUUUGCUAUUGGCUUUUAAUUUAACUUUUAUCUCUAGUGAUGUUCUGAUAUACUUCCUGAAGAAAAACAUAGAACAACAGAGUAGAUCCAAUCCUUUUGAGCAUAGAGCUGGAAUGCAUGAACCAGGAUUUAGUGAUGAACCGACACAUGCUUCUUCCUCUGAAAAUGGACAGGGACCAUCUGCAGAUCGCAAUGCUGGCAUCCCUUCAACUAGUGGGGUUGAUUCUGAUGUAACUUCUGAAGAUGAAGUUGUCCGUUUGUUGAACUGCUCUGAUCAUUAUGCAGCACUGGGAUUCAUGCGGUAUCAAAAUAUUGAUGUUUCAAUACUAAAGCGGGAAUACAGGAAAAAGGCAAUGUUGGUACAUCCUGAUAAAAAUAUGGGUAAUGAAAAGGCUGCAGAAGCCUUUAAGAAACUUCAAAAUGCAUAUGAGAUUCUAAUGGAUUCGUUAAAGCGAAAAGCUUAUGAUGAUGAGCUAAGGAGAGAGGAGAUUUUGAGUGUAUUUCGUAGAUUUAAUGAUGCUUCUCGUAAGAAUGGUAGGCAUGGAUUCUUUCCUUCAGGAUUUGCACGGUCUGAUGCAGAUGGUGAGGACCCAUUUGGUGAUUCAAGGCGAAUUGCCUGCAAAAGGUGUGGUGGCUUUCAUGUCUGGAUACACACCAAGAAACAAAAGUCUCGGGCAAGAUGGUGCCAGGAUUGCCAAGAUUUUCAUCAAGCUAAGGAUGGUGAUGGAUGGGUUGAACAAUCUUCCCAACCAUUUCUUUUUGGCUUAUUGCAGAAGGUUGAUGCUCCUUCAGCAUAUGUGUGUGCUGGUAGCAGGAUAUAUGAUGCCACCGAAUGGUAUAUCUGUCAGGGCAUGAGAUGUCCAGCGAAUACUCAUAAGCCAAGUUUUCAUGUGAACACAAAUUUAAUGUCCAAGCAUAAUUCUGGCAAAGGAACUAGUUCAGGUCAAAGAGGUGGGCGUAUGCCAACACCUAACAUCGAAGAAACCAUGACUGAGGAAGAAUUCUUUGAGUGGUUACAGAAUGCAGUACAGACUGGUGCAUUUGACAAUUUUAGUGGUACUGCAACAGAGAGCCCAUCUCCCAAAUCUGGAAAUGGAAUGAAAAGUCCUGGCAGUAGUAGUGGUGGUGCGGGUGCCACUGCCACUGCCAGUGGUAGUAGUAGCAAGCGAAAGAAAAAGGGAAAAAAGCAAUGGUGAUAACCAUAUCAUGUUAUAUCUCAUUAUGGCAGUAUUGCCUUGAGCACUUCGAAUGCUUGAAAAGCAUUAAGUUUCAAAGCCGAUAUCUGUUAAUGAAGCCCCAAAAAUUGAGUUGGAGCCACAUUGUACAGUGUUAGUUUUCCCAAAGUGUAGAUUUUGUUGUCCAAUAAAUUUUUUGGAACCCCUUUAGCCUUUUUAAUACAGCCUUGUACCAAUGAUCCUUCUGCACAUGAUUUUCCUGUUCAAGUUCAAGAUGCAAUUUUGAGCAGCAAGGAUCAAGCUGAGUCUUUUAAGCACUUAGACGAAAAUGUCAUGCGUGAAUCCUAACCUAUCAGGGCAAAGGAACUCAUUAAUGAUAGACCUAAGACAACAAAUUGUAUCAAGCAGAAAUUUUUCAACAACCAUGGCAUAUAGUAUACCAUCCCAGUAUUGCCACCUUAUAUUUGCCGUGUUUUCGUUAAAUUCCUAGUUGUGGCUUUCUGGUGAUUAAUUUAAAUAUUUAGUUAAUUCAAACAAUAAAUAUAUCGAAGUAAUAAAUUAUUGUGGUUU